UGUUGCCUGUGUUAAGGCAGAGCAAAAUAAAAGCCACAUUUAAAGGGUGUUUACUAGCUGUGCAGAUCUUUUAUUUAAUUUAGGCUGAAGCUGGAGAAGAAAAAGAGAAUAUAUGGAGGGAGACGCCGGAAGAGAUUUGGGAGUCCAGAGAACUAUGGAUGGUAACGUGAAUGAUGAGGUUACUAUCCCGUCUUGUUGCCUGAAGGCCCGAGCUUUCCCUCUGGACCCUGAGCUUGAAGCCAAUUGUCAUGCAACUGUGGUUUCUGGAUGGUUCUCUGAUAAAGUUGGCAAAAACAUGUACUUCAACAACCCCAUGUGGCCAGGAGAAGCCCAUUCUUUGGAAGUAGAAAAGAUUUUGUUCAAGGAAAAAUCGGAGUAUCAAGAGGUCCUAGUUUUUGAGUCUGCAUCAUACGGAAAAGUGCUUGUCCUUGAUGGCAUCCUUCAGCUGACCGAGAAAGAUGAAUGUGCCUAUCAGGAAAUGAUUGCCCAUCUUCCCCUUUGCUCCAUUGAAUCACCAAAAAAUUAUAUAUGUAAAUCUGUAUCUUCUUUUUGUUUGUUGAGUGUAGGUCCUGCUCAAGAGCUUGUGAAAAGGCCCUUCUUUGAGAUGAUAGCAAAAGCAUUAAGGCCUGGAGGUGUUGUUUGUAAUAUGGCAGAGAGUAUGUGGCUCCACACUCAUCUUAUUCAGGAUAUGGUGACCGCUUGCCGUGAGAUAUUCAAAGGUUCUGUUCAUUAUGCAUGGGCAAGCAUACCCACAUAUCCCAGUGGUGUUAUUGGAUUCAUACUAUGCUCAACGGAUGGACCGGCUGUAGACUUUAAGGUUCCUAUAAACCCCAUUGAGAAGCUAAAGGGAGCACAUCGGAGAGAAUUAAGAUUCUACAACUCUGAGAUUCAUCGAGCUGCCUUUGCUUUGCCUUCGUUUGUCAAGAGGGAAGUUAGCUGUCUUUGAGGUUUGAAAUUGUGUUUUGUGAGCAUACAUGUUAUGUUAGAUAUUGAACAUUUAGGGUGAAAACAAUGUUAUUUAUGGGAGGUUUGGUUGUUUGUCUUAGGUUCAUACUCAUGAAGCUUUGUUUUGUCCUCUAAUUGUUUUGUGGUUGUUUGUCUUUCAUGUAAAUGUUCACUUGAAUUACUUGAUCAUUGCAAAA